AUGGCCUGCACCCCAGACCUCGAAGCCCUGUGCAGAGCAGCCUCAGCAGCAUCACAACGAACACGACAGCUAUCAAAUACCGGAUUCUUCACAAAAGACAGCAAGAAGAGGUACAUUGUCGGCCUCCUCGAUCUGGGACACCGAGGAGCACUCAGCAGAGUGACGAAGCAGGAUCUGGCCAGCCCAAAGAGGGCUGCUGGCAACAUAAUGGGUCUGGAUCUUGUGGACGUGCUACUUGUAUCAGAUCCUGACGUGGCUGUAGCGAAGAAGUCGAACGCUGGCGCUGGCGCUGGCGCUUUCUCCAUGCUGCCGGUCAUGUGCUGCAAGGGCAAGCGCGCAACUCUACCAGCUGCUGAUCCUUGGCGCUCCGCCAGCUGUGCUGCAAGAGCUGCGGUUGCAGUAGCAUCUAGCGAGGUCAGCGCGAAGCGCUACCACAAGUUGGGCGAAGACGCUUCACUUUUCCUGUGA